UUUUUUUCUCUGGCCUUUGUUUCAUUGGCUAUACAACUUGCAUGAUAUUUGUUUCAUACCUUCUUUGCUGCUUAUGAAUAUUUUUAGUGCUUCAGCGAUACUGUAUUGUGAUACCAAGCAACAGACUUAAAGAAUAUAAUUCACUGAAGAUAACCAUUACUGCACAGUUGGGGCUUUCUGCAUGUGAUGUCUGUGAGUGAGUGGCAUGCUAGAACUUUAGGGAUAAUAUAAUCCUGCCAUGAAUUUACUGUUUUUAGUUCAAAGCUUUGGUAUACUUUUUUUACCCCUGUUCAUUGAGCACCUUUUUUAUUUUAAGGUGGAUAUUUUGACUCAGAUUGGUUGUGUUGAAAGUUUCAGCCAGUCACCACCUUCUUCAUCUUCUCCUUCUCCUCCUUCUUCCGUAAAUAAGGUCAGCAGUGGCAGUGACCCCUGGUCAGCCUGGAGUGCCUCUAAAUCUGGGAACUGGGAGGGCUCCGACGGCUGGUCAGCCAAGCCAGAAGGGGCUGGCGCCCAGAGAAACACUCCCAACAACUGGGACGCUGCCUUCGGCCACCCCCAGGCCUACCAAGGACCAGCAACUGGUGAUGAUGAUGACUGGGAUGAAGACUGGGAUGACCCCAAGUCCUCGGCUCCUUACUUCAAGGAUUCAGAGUCAGCUGAAGCAGGCGGUGCCCAGCGAGGAAACAGCCGUGCUGGUGCCUCUUCCAUGAAGCUGCCACUUAACAAAUUUCCUGGAUUUGCAAAACCUGGCAUGGAACAGUAUUUGUUGGCCAAGCAACUAGCAAAACCCAAAGAGAAAAUUUCCAUUAUUGUUGGAGAUUAUGGCCCGAUGUGGGUUUAUCCUACCUCUACAUUUGACUGUGUGGUGGCAGAUCCCAGAAAAGGCUCCAAAAUGUACGGUCUGAAGAGCUACAUUGAAUAUCAGCUAACGCCUACGAACACUAACCGAUCUGUAAACCACAGGUAUAAGCACUUUGACUGGUUAUAUGAGCGUCUCCUGGUUAAGUUUGGGUCAGCUAUUCCAAUUCCUUCUCUUCCAGACAAACAAGUCACAGGUCGCUUUGAAGAAGAAUUCAUCAAAAUGCGCAUGGAGAGACUCCAGGCCUGGAUGACCAGGAUGUGUCGUCAUCCCGUCAUCUCAGAAAGCGAGCUUUUCCAGCAGUUCCUGAACUUCCGAGAUGAGAAGGAGUGGAAAACUGGGAAGAGGAAGGCAGAGAAGGAUGAGCUGGCGGGAGUCAUGAUAUUUUCCACCAUGGAGCCAGAGGCGCCUGACUUGGACUUAGUAGAAAUAGAGCAGAAGUGUGAUGCAGUUGGGAAGUUUACCAAGGCCAUGGAUGAUGGUGUGAAGGAGCUGUUGACCGUGGGCCAGGAGCACUGGAAGCGCUGCACGGGGCCAUUACCCAAGGAAUAUCAGAAGAUAGGAAAGGCCCUGCAGAGUUUAGCCACAGUAUUCAGUUCUAGUGGUUAUCAAGGUGAAACAGAUCUCAAUGAUGCAAUAACUGAAGCAGGAAAGACUUAUGAAGAAAUCGCCAGUCUCGUGGCAGGGCAGCCAAAGAAAGAUCUCCACUUCCUGAUGGAAUGUAACCAUGAAUACAAAGGAUUUCUUGGCUGCUUCCCUGACAUCAUCGGCACUCACAAGGGAGCAAUAGAAAAAGUGAAAGAAAGUGAUAAACUAGUUGCAACCAGCAAAAUCACGCCACAAGAGAAGCAGAACAUGGUGAAGCGAGUUAGCACCAUGUCUUACGCUUUGCAAGCUGAGAUGAACCACUUUCACAGUAACCGGAUCUAUGACUACAACAGCGUCAUCCGCCUGUACCUGGAGCAGCAAGUGCAGUUUUAUGAAACGAUUGCAGAAAAGCUGAGGCAGGCCCUCAGCCGCUUUCCGGUUAUGUAGAACAGAGCGGACCGUGAAGAAAACUCCGAAGUGCUUCUUUCUGACUUGGGGCAAUGCAAUUCAAAAUUUAUUUUUAUCCCUUUCGUCAAAAAGGAAAAAGGAAAGAAAGAAAACCAAAAAAGAAAUAGCAUCGCAAGAAACUGCAUUUAUUUUAUUAGCCAGCCUGAAUGCAUCACUCUUUGAGGGGGAGGGUCUUUCAUUCAUCUCCACAUUCUUUAUUUAAACCAGUGGAAAUUGUCUCUAUUUUUGGAAAGUAAAGUUAUCAGAAUUUUGAGAGGAAAAUUAGGGGUUUCUCCCCACAGAUAUUUUACAUAGAAU